AGGAACAACAACACCGCCCACCAAAACCUAUAUAAAUACGCCCACCGAAACUUAAAUUUCCCUUGGAUUAAUUCUUUGAUUCUAUAGCGAUGGAUUUAACAAUAGAAUACGAGUAUAAUUAUAAAGUGUAUCUCACAACGAAUGUUGGCAGUCCAAACACAGUGGCGGUUGAAUUCAACUUCUGCAAAGUUGUUCAGCCUUUUAUUUACUACCCACCUCACCUGAACACAGAUAUUACGUUUCUCCCACGAGAUGUAUCGCUACUCGGAACGUUCCAAACCGAUAUUCCGACGAAUCAUUCGGCGAGUUCAAAUAAAAAUGCGGUAAUGGAGCAUGCCAUGCAAGUCCUGAGCCUUGAGGAGCAGUUUCCAGGACUCACGCGAGACCGCAUUGUGAGAAGACUUGGGUAUAUGGUUAGCAUGAUGGAUUUGGAUGAUUUGGCUUUAUGUGGGAAUAAACUUACAGUUUUUGUUUAUGAGAUUAGCCGAGAAGGACGGGAAGCUAGCUAUGACGACUACUACUACGAAGACGAAGAUGAAUACGAAGAUGGAUUAACAGCGGCACUGGUAGAGUCUAUGGAAGAUGGAGAUGUUCGUAAUUAUAAUACUGCUACGAAAUCAUCUAUUGAAAAGUUGGAAAGGGUGGUGUUGAAUGAUAUUGCGGAUUCGUCGAGAAGCUGUACGAUCUGUAUAAAAGAGAUGGAGGUGGGGAUGGAAGUGAUUCGGAUGCCGUGUUUGCAUUUGUAUCAUGAGGAUUGCAUUGUGGAGUGGCUGGAGAAGUAUAGUCAUUCUUGUCCGCUUUGCCGGUAUGAGAUGCCUGUAGAACAGGAGAGAUUUUAGGUGUUUAAUUUGGUAGUGAUAAGUUGAUGUAAUUCUGAUUUAUGUUCCUUUUAUUGUAUGUUUGAUUUAUAA